AUGAAGAGCACUAGAGAAGACAGCUGGAAGGAGCGGGCACUUGAAGCUGUCUAUGUCCACUUGCGCAUGACUUCAGAGAAGAUCGAUCGGGCUCGUCCAGUCCGGCCUCGGAAGGUGGAGAAAGCGAGAAAGGAGAACACAUCUGUUCCCCGAAGGCACCCGGAUGAUAUUCCCAUACAAAGGCUGGUCAGUGUCGUCGCACGCUCGCGACUUACUGGAAUGACCGCGUCAAGCGCGUGUAUUUCUCAACGUCGCUUAUCUUUCUUGAAACGCGACGAAGAGGAGAGACUUGCCGUGCUAGAGCUCGAACGCGUAGCGAGGCGUCCGCGCCAUGGAAAUCUGUCUCUGGAUGAUCUUGAAUCAAUCUCAUCAUUAAGGGAUACUCUCGAAACUCCCUGCAAUGACCUACGGGGCAGCGAUCCUGAUAUCAAUGAUCUUAGGAAAAGACUUGGAGGCAUGGUCGUGCGAUCGCGAGCCAAGGUUUCGAGGGAGAGAAUUUAUUCCAUGGCUUACCACCCAGAGAAAACAAAAGAUCUCAUUUUUGUUGGGGAUAAGCAUGGCCGGCUUGGUAUUUGGGAUGCGCUGGCGCCAUCCGAAGAGAACGAAGAGGAUAAAUAUGAUGAUACCCGAGGAGGAAGAUAUUGGCGUUUACAGCCUCAUUGGCCAAGAUCUCCAAAGACCUCGAUAUCUUGCAUCAAAUUCAGCCCGACCGAUGCACAUAGUGUUUUGACGACAUCCUAUGAUUCCACGCUGCGUGUGACCUCCUUUACAUCUGGGCAAUCUACUGAGCUUUUUUCUCUUGCCUCAACUUCGACACUUUUCACAUCCUUUGAUAUCGCGCCACGCAGCCGAUUGCGGAGACAAGUGAACGCUAAAUUGAAGAUUGAUUGUGUCAGCAUCAGUCCUGCUGCUGGAAGGAGAAGGAGUCAUCUUUUGUGCACCGCGAGCAACGAUCUUUCCCUGAAAAUAUGGGACGUUCGAAAGCUUAUGUUAAUUGAAACUGGUGCACUUGUUGAGGGUGAUGAUGACGGCUCCAGCUCGCUUAAAGUGAAACCGCCUCCCCUAGAAGCAGAUCACGAGGCUGUCGCAGAUUUCCUUUCAUCAAAAUCUGGUCGGGGCUGCAUCCUCGGGCAGUUUGAGCAGUUUUGGAAUCUAAAUGCUUGGCUCUCAGCCGGGGAGAAAUUAAAGUUUCCCCAACCAAUACAAAAAGCUCAUAACUGUCAAACUGAACGUUGGUUGACGGUGCUGAAAGCUCAGUGGAGUCAGAAUCCACUAUCGAUGGACCAUUCAUUAGAUAUCAUUGCCUUCAACGGAGAGGAGAUCGGGAAGCUCGCCGAUCGCUCAAAGUGA